UCCCAAGAGCGUGUGGCGCUUGCUACGCCCUUUUUUCUCGGAAUGACUCAAGACAACAGACAGCCCACGUGGAAACGGACAGAGCGAGGGAGGGAGAGAGAGCGCGCCCUGGGUUGUACGAGAAGCACCGCGCCGUGGAAGUCGCGACGCAGUCGUCUCGUCGAUCAAAAUGAACCACGCGUCCCGUCCGUACAGUGGAUGAGGCGGCGCGAGGGGCCCAGGACGACCGCUACCGCCGUGACGUCGACCUCCCUUCGGGGCGUUCGUCAGCGCACGGCGGCGCCGGGAGCUCGAGCGUCGUCGACUCCCGGGUCAUGACGGAAGGAGCGCGGAACUCCGGGCCAGAGUGCUCCGGCGCCGCCGCGACCAUCGUCGGCGACCUCGGGGAUGGCACCGACAACAACAACAGCGGCGGCGUCGGCGUCAUUCUCGGCAACUUCUCGAUGGGACACGCGAACGUCUCGGCCGUGUUCUCGGGGGAGGAGUACAAGUACCCGCUGCUGCUCGUCAUCUACUCGGCCACGUUCGCGCUGGGCUUCGCGGGCAACUCGGUGGCGCUGUGGGACUUCCUGUGGCACCGGCGCUACCGCUCGCCCAGCUGCAUGUGCCUCAUCAACCUGGCGUUCGCCGACCUCCUCUUCGUGCUCUCGCUGCCCAUCCGCCUGUUCUACUACUCGCGGGCGGCUGACGUGGAGCUGCCCGCCACCCUCUGCCGCGUCAGCCACUACGCCUUCUACGUGAACAUGUACGGCAGCAUCUACCUGCUCGCCUGCUACAGCGUCAUGCGCUACCUGGCCGUGGCGCGGCCGAUGCGCGCCAAGGCGCUGAUCACGAUGAGGCGCGCCGCGCUCGCGUGCGCGGCCAUCUGGAUCUUCGUGCUCUCCUCGUCCGCUCCGCUGCUCGUCAAGCGCUCCUCCGAACAGGGCACCAAGUGCUUCGACCUGCAGAAGGGCUCCGUCUCCUUCCUCUACAAGAUGAACGCCUUCGCCGCCGCGGUGGGGUGCGCGAUGCCCUUCGCCGUCAUCCUGCUCUGCUACGCGGGCAUCUGGCGGUCGCUCGCGGGCGGCCCCGAGACGUCCGCCUCGCCGGUGCCGCCGUCGUCGUCGUCUCUGCCGCCGAUGCUCCGGCUGCGCACCAGCGGGGGAGUGCGCGCGGCCAGGCGCAGGCGCGCGGCGCACCUCAUGCUGGCCGUGGUGCUGGUCUUCGUCGUGUGCUUCAUCCCCUACCACGUGCUGCGCACCGUCUACCUGCACCUGCGGCUCUGGCGCGGGGGGGACUGGGUGGCGGUGCACAAGGGCCUGCUGGCCGCCGCCGCGCUCACGGCGCUCAACUGCGUGCUCGACCCGCUGCUCUACUACUUCUCGGGGGAGAUUUUCCGCCGAAGGGCGCUGGCGAUGUGGGACUCCGCCGUGAGGCUGCAGUCGACGAGGAUGGUGAGCGGCGGCGCGGCCGGGGGCACCGGCGCCGUCGUCCUGCACACAAACAGCAACAAAAACAGCAGCAGCAACAACAACAGCAACAGCAGCAACAACAACAGGGGCACUGCGUCCCCUGGGCGCGCGCCGUCACGCGUGGAGAAAGUGGCGACUUUGGACUGCCCUGUCUAGGGCAGAGGGGGGCGCGGACACGCUUCGGAAAUUGGGGGGGGGAGGUCAGUUCGAUGCCCAGCCCUGGCUCCGCUGGGUUAGCGGGGCCACGAGAGAGCUGCCGUGGCUCUGGGUCACCACUGAUGAGAGUGAACGUGGGGUGGGUGGGCCCAAGGGACUUGUCGUUGGUGCAGAGCCGAACCAGCAGCAGCAGCCGGCCCAGCCACGGUUUGUUCGUCAGACUACAGGGUGGGAUGGCGUUCACAGAGUCCUCUCCCAACCGUGUCACGGAUCACAGGGGUUCUAUUUGUGCCACAGUUGUAUUAAACCUUACGCAAUCAGCCGACUACCGACUCGGCGCUGAGCCUACUGUCGACGCGAAGUUCCAUCAUCAGGAAAAAUCGGCAUUAAUGUGACGUUACUGAAGGGGGGGAAGACAAGCCCACUCAAAUGUAUCACGUUCUCUGUGCAAAACGUUGCCGCUGUCGCUUAGAUAUAUCUAGAGACAAACUCGGGACCGGGACACACAUUUUCAAGUUAAAUUUGUGUUUCUCCAAGUGAGAAUGCAAGAAGCCAGUAGAGUCUUAUUUGCAAGUGACCACAGGCAUUGGUCUGCAGGUGGUCCAGGGUGGUCAAGGGUGGUCCAGGUGUCUUGUGACCCCCCACCCCCCCCCCCAUUUAAUUAUCUAAAACUAAAUAUAUAUUUUAUUAAAGUAAGUUUUACUUAAAACAGAAAUGAAUAUGCAAAGGGCAAAAAAUGAUAGGGGUCAAUUACUGGACAUCUAUGAAAAAGCUUUGCAGCUCAUCGGAUUUCUCCAGCAUAAAAACAUCCUGAUAAUUGUCAGUCUCAAGACAUGUGGACCACCCUGUAUAAAACAAAUCGAGCCACGUACCGGGUAAUGAUACAACGUGGCAAAUUCUGGACCCAGGCCAUCCGCAGUGGCUGUGCCCCUGGUCUAAGAGCCUGGGACAAUUGGGGCGCUUGCCAACGUCUUGGCAUUCGCUGCGAUGCUCACAAAUCGACCGCGGCUCGCACCGCUUCCCUCUGUGCAGACGCCGAGAAUUGGGCCUUUGCGCGCCGCACGAUUGCCAAACACCCUGCCACGUGGCCCACGUGACGUAGAAGCAUCGGUAAACAUGCAAAGGCGGCAAAGGGCGUGGGGUUGCGAGGACUGCGGUUUGUGAAGAAGGCCCGUUGGUACGGUGACAACGCCGUUUGCCGCGAAAUCAGGAUCCGCAAGGGACGCUGUGGUUAAAAAAAAAAGAACUAUCUGUGUAAGAGGACUGCACGACCUUUGAGUUCCCGUAAAGAAUUUCACAUGGAUUUACUCACUGGGUUACCCGCCCAUCACUUGCAACUCGUAAAUCUGGCUGUCGCCUGACUCUAGUUGUAAUUACUGGCGAAACGUCGUACUCAGAUUGGAAAUGUUGUGGAUUUGCUCUCCAACACACCGGUGUGCUGUACUAGUAACGAAUUGGCAUUUUCUGUUUACUUGACAAACCUUACUAAUUGGCUGUGUCGGGAGGUGGCGGGUUUAACGACACAUUUAUAUUUACACGAUCUAACCCAAAAUAACCUGUAUCAUGAAUUCGCCAUAUUGUUUUGCCAGAUUUCGGAAGCUAAUCUGGGGUUGAGCCUGUGCAUUGCUUGGAGCAAGAACCAUCACGCGAACUCCGCUCAUCCUCGCAGCAGCAGCGGAUUUUGACUGGCCAUCGA